AUGAAUUUCAUUCUUUAUAUAGCCGUAAUUAUUAUAUACUUAACCAACAUAUACUGCAAAAAUGUAUAUAACAUAAAAAAAUUAAGUGGAAAGAAUAAUUAUAAGUACAAUAAAAUAUCGAACAAUGUAAAAGGAUUAAGUAAUAUGAAUCGUCCAUAUUAUAAAAGGAAAGAUUAUUUAAAUAUAAGAAUGAACAAGAAAACGAUACAAAAUUUCCAUACACCCAAUCAGAAUAUACACUAUAAGAAAUUUAAGAACUUUGUCAAUAAAUCUAAAAAUAAGAAUAAAUUAUAUUAUUUAUAUAUACCUAAUAAUGAUACAAAUUCAAUAAAAGGAAAGAAAAACAAACAAAAUAACAAAGUAUUAGAAAUAUAUUUUCAGCAAAAAAAAUUACUUGCACAAUAUUUUAAUAAUUUGAAAUCCUCAUUUAUAUAUAAAUUAAAAAACACAAAAAUUAUAACGAAAUUAUUUUUAUCAUCAUCAUUAUUAAUAUUAACAUUAAAUGUAAUUGGUCUAAAACCUGAAGAAAUUGCAUUACAUAGUAAAAGAGUUUUGAGAGCAUUUGAAUUUUAUAGAAUUUAUACAUCGGCUUUAUUUUAUGGAGAUAUUUCUCUAUACGUUUUAACAAAUAUAUAUAUGUUAUAUGUACAAAGUAAUCAAUUAGAAAAUAUACUUGGAUCAUCUGAAAUGCUAUCCUAUUAUAUAUCACAGAUUAGUAUUUUAUCUAUUAUAUGUUCAUAUAUUAAAAAACCAUUUUAUUCAACAGCUUUAUUAAAAUCAUUAUUAUUUGUUAAUUGCAUGCUUAAUCCAUAUCAAAAAGCUAACUUAAUCUUUGGAAUUAAUAUUAAUAACAUGUACUUGCCUUAUCUGUCUAUAUUAAUCGAUAUUAUACAUGCACAAAAUUUAAAAGCAUCUAUAUCCGGAUUAUUAGGAGUAACAAGUGGAUCCAUAUAUUAUCUUCUCAAUAUUUACUUAUAUGAUAAAUAUAACAAAAAAGUGUUCAAAAUACCAAAAUUUCUAGAAACCUAUCUCGAUUCUUAUGAUACCAUCGAAAUAAUACAAUAA